UAUUAAAUUAUUUUUAACAAAAAGAAAUUGUGUUUCAUAUUAUUUGUAAGUUAAGAAUAGUUUUAGACUGAAGAUUAUUCUAUUUAAAAAUAAUCUGUCGAACAAAUUUUAAUUAAAAAUUCAAAUUUUUCCAUUCUUUCUACAUCAUAAUAAAAUAUUUCUUCAUUUAUUUCCAAAACUUGAAUUCUAUUGUCCGAAUAAAUCAAAAAUAGAUUUAAAUACUAUUUUCAUCGUUUAAUUCAUUAGAUAUCAAAUAUAGAUUGUUUAUCUUAUUCAAUGACUUUUAUUUGUACUAAGGAUUUUUUUUUCUUUUUGCUACUCUGAUAACUAAAUAUAUAAUGUGAUGUCUUAUGGAAUUAGUAUUGUUAUAUUACACACUUGAAUCCUAUCGAAAUGAAACUACAGUAUUCAUAAUAGUAUAAUUUUCUUUUUGCUAGUGUAUGGUUAUGUGCAAGAACCAAUGACUGAAUGUGGUUAUUCCUAUGGUUUUUAUCCUCAAACAGAUUAUUGUUCAAGUGCUCUAUUACUUUUUAAUACUUCUCAUACAGAUUCAUCUUUACAGAUUAAAUCAGGUGUUUAUCUUGGUCCAGGUGAUGCAACUGUUCCACUUGUUUCACUUGGACAUAUGUGUGCAGGUCCAUGGAAACAACCGGGUAGUUAUCAUAAUCCUGGACAUGUUCAAACAAUUAUACGUGAAUACAUUCAUAAAACAACAGCAUUUGAUAUAUUAACAACACGUCUUGAAGAUGCUUUACGAGGUGGUGAAUAUGCUGUAACACAUGUUGAAAUACUUGGUAAUCGUGAUUUUUUAACUGAUUUACUUAUUAUUGUAUCAAAACCGAUUAUUGGUACAAAUCAAAGUCAAUUAAUAGUCAAUGAUAAUAAUAUAAAUGAAGAUCAAAUUUAUUCUAAUAUACGUCAAAUGAGCAGUAGAAUAAUGAAACGUCAUAAACGUUAUAAUUAA